AUGACUGAGGUGGUGCCGAGCUUCCCUGAUAUGACAGCUUUGGCCCCUCCUCCUGCACCGCUGCUCUCCAGUAGGAACUCGUCCCCUGCUCGGUCACCGUCCAGUCACAGGAGCCCUCCAGGUAAAACUCACAGCCUUGUUGAUAGACGAGAGGAAAGAGAGAAGACACAAGAGUUAGCCUCGUCGCUGCGUGAUAAGGACCGCCGCGCUCAGCAGCAGCUGGAGCGCCGCAGCGAGGAGCGAGGGAGGAAGAUGGAGGAGCAGAAGAAGAAGGAGAAGCAGCGCAGGGUGGCGGCCGAGGAGAAGAGACGCUACCACCAGGAGUCAGAGAAGGAGAGGCUGGAGGCCCUGGUACGCCGGAGAGCCGGGGGAUCGGAGAAGAGGAGGAGGAGAGGAGGAGGAGGAACAGGAGGAGGAGGAGGAGGAGGAGGAGGAGAGGAGAACCUGGAUAACCGGCCUAAACGGUGGACAUGGGGAGGACCGCCCGAUGGAGUGGAGGGUAACCCUAAGACCCCGCCCUGCCCUGCCAUUGGCUCCGCUCAGCCCAAUGAGCUUCCUGCUGCUUCCAGUUCCCGCAAAUCCUGUAACGGUACAGACGGCGUCUCUGUGUGUCACGCACGUUUACCGCCACCAGUCGGUGACUUCCUGUCUCCACCCACUUCAGAUCAACCAAUGAACAAACAGCUCUCCAACUCUUCAGCCGCCCUCCACUCACCAGAGAGAGCUUCCCCCAACAACCACAGACCGUACAGAAGUUCCUCCAACCGCAGGAGCAUCGCCGGGUUUCCUGAGGAGACGUCCAAAGCCAAAACACCCACGGGGGAAACACCGAACACACCGGCCCGGAGCUCCUCCUUCAGGGCCAACAGCAAAGGCCCCGCCACACCGAAACGGGUGAGAUCGAACAGGAGUCGGGCCCAGUCUCCCUGCUCCCCCGGCCAGUACCCCCCCUCCCCGAUCCGGCAGAGGGCCGGCACCCCCGGCACCCCCGGCACCGAGGACAGGGGUCACAUUGAGGUCAAAGGUCACGGCACCCUGGAGAGGAAAUCCACCAAAUCUGAGACCUCAGAGAAGAAGAUUCCCAAAUCUACCAGCAGAGAACUGAAUGCAGAGUCUCCGAGCACGCCCACCGGCCGGAGCGUCGGAGGGACGACGGAUGCAGAGGAGGCGUCCAGACUGCUGGCGGAGAGACGCCGUCUGGCCCGAAUACAGAAGGAGCAGGAGGAGAGACAACGGCAGGAGGAAGAGAGACUGAGAGCGGAGGAGGAGCUGAGGAGGAAGCAGGAGGCCAAGGAGCAGCAGGAGAGAGCGGCGCUGCAGGCAGAGGAGGAGCGAGUGAGACGGGAGGAGGAGAGGAGGAACAGGGAGGAGGAGGAGAGACGACAGAAGGAGCAGCGAUGGAAGGACAUGCAGGAUCAGCUGGACAAAGAGAGGGAGGAAGCGUUCCUGCGAGCCCAAAGAGAAGCCGAGAGGAAGCGACUGGAGAGAGAGCAGCUGCACAUCCAGGAGGAGCAGGAGAGGCUGCAGAGGAAGAAGAGAAUUGAAGAAAUAAUGAAGAGAACAAGAAAGAGUGAGGUGGACACUCCGACUGGUGCUGCAGGUGAAGCGUCUGAAGUGAGAGCCGAGAUCGCUGCAGGCUUAGAUGAAGACGCCCCGACUCCGGCCGAAGCCCCCGUCAUCAUGCUGGGACCCCUGGAGAAUAAAAGCUUUGUGGAGGAGCUGUCCGACGGAGUCCAGUCGAUGGACGUCAGUUCUCCAUCUGUCUCCAUCAGUCCGGUUUCCAGGGACGAGCAGGCAAGCGCUCAGGAGUUUUCUCCCGUUACCGAGGGAACAGACGGCUGCCCGUUGGAGCACCUGAUGGACCUGGACGCCCACGGGCGAGAACAGCGUCAGGCCGCCGAGACGCCUCCGUACCCCAAGCUGCAGGCCGGCAGCGGGGUCGGAGACCUCAACAAGAACCUGCUGAUCCAAGGGUACUGCGCCGCCUCCGAAUCCUCCCAGCUCAUCCACAGCGUCAGCCCGAGCAAACUGGACGUGUAGUAGCCAGGAGGUGUUCGGCUUCGGUGUGAACAGGAGAAACAGACCAUCACCUUCUUCUUCUUCAGUCUGCAACUCAACAAC